AUGGCAUCUUUUCCUCAUCCCGGCUCCGUCACCGUCUGCGAAAUCAACAGAGACUUGAUUACGGCUCAGAGCUUGUCUGACGAUCGAGCUCAGGAGACUUAUGGAAAGCUUCUCGGAAUGGUGUUUAGUCCCGUUUCGUUCGAGAAUGGACCUAUCUCUCUGCAGGAAAACGAAGGACAAGAGGGUGGAGAUAGAGCAAGUGUUGAGAGAAAAGGACUGGUGGCAACACUGCAAAUGAAGUUUGCAGACGUCCUUAAACAGAUUUUAAAACCCAUCGAUGUUAAUCUUCUGUCAGAGAUUGAUCUUCAAGGAGUGAGUUGGCAUCAAGGGAAGCAUAUUAUUGCCUUUGUAUCCGGUGCAAGUCAAGUUACAAUUCGUGACUACGACGACAAAGAUGAGAAGGAACCUUGCGUUUUGACUAGUGAUUCCCAGAGAAGUGUUAAAGCCUUUGAGUGGAGGCCAAAUGGUGGAAAAUCACUCUCUGUAGCCUGUAGGGGAGGGAUAUGCAUAUGGGCUGCCUCCUAUCCAGGUAACAUGGCAUUGGUUAGAUCUGGUGGUUCCUCGUUGAGGGGAAGUCUCUCUCGAGGAUCUGGAGCUCGCUGGAUCUUGGUGGACUUUCUUCGUUGUCAAAAGGAUGAGCAAAUUACCUCUUAUGAAAGCUCUUCUUUCACCAUAUGGGAUGUUUCUCAAGGUGCGGGAACACCUAUUCGACGGGGACUAGGUGGCAUAUCAAUGCUUAAAUGGUCACCCACAGGGGACUACUUCUUUGCAGCAAGAUUUGAUGGAACCUUUUGCCUAUGGGAAACAAACACAUGGACAUCUGCACCGUGGUCUUUGUCUACUGGAUCCGGCUCUGUCACGGGAGCAAUAUGGGAUCCUGAAGGAAGGUUUAUCUUGAUUUCAUUUUCAAAGUCUUCAACACUGGGUUCUGUUCAUUUCUCAUCCAAGCCACCUGCAUUGGAUGCUCAUCUGUUACCAGUUGAAUUGCCAGAGAUUGCUUCUGUGACUGGCAGUGAGGGAAUCGAGAAGAUAGCAUGGGAUGCAUCUGGGGAACGAUUGGCUGUGUCAUACAAAGGAGGUGAUGACAAUUACAAAGGACUGAUUGCCAUCUACGACACACGAAGAACACCUAUUGUAUCAGCAUCACUUGUAGGUUUCAUCAGAGGACCUGGAGAAAACCCGAAAGCUCUCUCCUUUUCAUUCCAUGACAAGUUCAAGCAAGGUCCGCUUCUCUCUGUGUGUUGGAGCACUGGAUUCUGUUGCACCUAUCCGCUCAUCUUCCGUUCACAUGUUCUUCCUUAG